AUGCCCGGCGACAACAGACUCCCAGCGCUUGACCGGCAGAUGCCGUCGUCGUUUGACGAGAACAACGAGUUCUACGACGAGCGCGUCCUGCACAAGAUCUUCCGCAAGCUCAAGGAGGAGCCCCUCGUUCCCCUCGGAUGCGGUCUUACUGCCUACGCCUUCUACGCCGCCUGGCGCGCUACCCGCCGCGGCGAUGCCGUCCAAGCCAACAAGAUGUUCCGCGCCCGUGUCGCCGCGCAGGGUUUCACCGUCGUCGCCAUGGUCGCCGGCAGCAUGUACUACAACAAGGACCGCGAACGCACCGCCGAGCUGCGCAAGAUCAAGGCCGCCCAGGACGAGGAGGAGAGGAGGCAGCGCUGGAUCCGCGAGCUGGAGGCCCGUGACGAGGAAGAGAAGGCACUGAAGAACCUGCUGCAAGAGCGUAGGGCAAAGGCCGAGGCCCGUAACGCGGAGGCUGCCGCGGCUGAGGAGAAGAAGAAGUCCGGCGGCGGCGUCCUCGGUGCCAUUGGGUUGUCAGGAUGGAACAAGUCCGCGGAGGGCGCCGCUGCGGAUGCGCCGGUUGAUGAGAAGAAGUCAAAGAAGGAGAACCCCAAGAGCUCACUGGGUGUUAUUGGCGAGCUUUACGGGCGGAAGCCGUCAGAUGGCUCGUCGGAAGAGCCCAAGAAAUGA